AAAAAAGGUCCCUUGGAGUGAACGGAGUUGUCGCGACUAAACGGCUCUGGAACAGUCCCAUCUGUCAGUAAAUUGUUUUCGAUCUAAUGAGCUUAUACAUUGCAAAUUUGUAAAUAAUUUCAAUGCUUUUCAAGGAUGGGGACGGCACAGGAAGAGCAUGCGCACUUUCUACGGUCACAGAGACUCCACUUCCGGUGCACGGGUAUUUAUUUACAUAUGACUUCCGUCCGCUCACGGGACCGUGCGUGUAUCAGUACCGAAUCAGAAACGUUACCGGUAUCAGUGGAGAGAGUGGCUGCAGGUUCCAAGCCGCCUGGCUCGUCCUCAUCACCGAUGGUGUUUUUUUAAAAGAGAAAACUGUGACGAUGUCUCUGCCCACUGAUGCUAACGCUAACGCUAGCGUGGAGCAGAAGGUGGUUCAGUAUGAAAACUUCAUUCACGAGGUUCUGAGGAGAGAUUUACAGAAGGUGUUGGAGCAGAGAGACGAGGUUUAUGAGAAGAUCAGUCAGUAUCUGCAACUGAAGAACACAAUCCACAGUCUGCAGGAGGCGGGCUCUCAGCGGCUGAAGACAGAUGUUGAUCUUGGCUGUAACUUCUUUGUCCAGGCUGAAGUGGAGGACUCGUCCAUGAUCUUCGUGGCGGUGGGUUACGGUUUCUUCGUGGAGAUGAAUCACGACGAAGCUCUGAGAUUCAUCGACAAGAAGACGACUCAGCUCACAGACUUUACGGAGCAGCUCACUAAAGACUCUUCCAAAAUAAAAGCCAACAUCCGCAUGGUGCUAGAGGGUCUGCGGGAGCUGCAGGGACUGGGUGACCUGCCAGACAGCAGAAGAGGAGAAGUUUUCUAGAUGUGCUUGUCAACUGAAGGAUGAGCCGAGGACAAUUCAGGAGGAAUGUUUACAUUCUUGAACUGACCACUGCACAGCGCCAGGGUUCAACAGGGACGUUUAAUACAACACAUCAACAGUUUUAAUGGGGGGGGGGGUUGUAAAGUUGUCACAGUUCAUGGUUCAGGAGGACAUUUUAACCCCAGUGAAUCUGUGAUCGUAACUGAGGUGGAAGUGGAGCCUCCGGGGGCUCGGACCAGAAGAAUGGUGGCUGUGGCAGCUGUCCAUAUACUUUUGAACAUGUGUUCUGUGUUCAAUACAGAGUAAACAGGUGUUCAGCAGAUGUGAUGCAUUGAAAAAUAUGACGCCAUCUGUUGAAUUCUGGAGUAAUAAAGUUAUAGUCAUGAAAACAUCAACAACA